AUGCAACCCAUCGUGAUAACACCGGGCAUAGUAUUAAUUCUUAAGUUCAGACGUACCAAGGUGAUUUAUCGGUCGGGCAAUAUCAGACCAUGUUUACCACGCGGGCAAACACACGAUGAGUGCACUAAUUUAUGCGUUCUCAACAAGACAAACCAUUGCGACGACUAUGUGUUAGACAAGGCCUCGACAUCAGUAGCGGACCAUCAAAUCAAAUCAGUGACGGGAGAAGUGGUGUUUGAAGAGGAACAGCACCGGAGACAUAGGGUUCGUCUCAUUCCAAUCGCAACCAUCCAUUUCCUAUGGAAAGGCGCGGCCGACCAGUACUCGGUGUACGGCCAGGAGAGGCGAGUCCACGCACCCCACUAUCCACAGACCUGCUGUUGCGGUUGUGUUAUCCUAUGAAUCGCGUUUGCAGUACCAUUUGGGCCAAUACUACCACAACAACCACAACAACCCUACCAUCCUU